AUGCCUGACAGCUCUUCGUCAGACGUAGUAACUUUGUGGUACCAGGCACUAGCUCAAGAUAAAUUAUUGAUUUGUACUCUGGGUCCUGCACACCCACAACAGGUAUUACGUCUUUAUUUUUUCGCUCGCGAUGUCGUAACCUUGUAUACGUGUGGCCAUGGUACGGUCAAUUUGUUAGGCUACGCAAGCGUGAGGCGUACACCUUCAACGAGUUUGUCCCAGUUCUCGAGCAGCUCUGAACAAACUGUUCCUGUUAAUUUAAGCGAAGAGGACGAUAGUUCGAAUGACGUCUGUUAUCCAAACGAAGCUAGGUCUGCUGGAGUCGGCGAUGAGAAGAGCUACCCUAUUUUAAAAGGGGUCAAGUCCAAGAAAAAAACGGAGUCCACUGGCGGGGAUGAAUCGAAAAGUUCUACAAGUCUGUCAGCUGAAUCUGAUGAAGAAGAAUCCUGUGAAGAUAUUCCGGAAAAAUCCGAAACUGCAGUUGAACACGGACAAAAGCAGAAAGGGUCCAAGACUGUCGAAAAAUACGAAUCCGUAAAAUUACGUUUCGCGGCUGAGGAACAUAAAACUCGAAAGACAUCUAAGAAAGUCAAAUCCAAGACGAAUCGAGGCCUUUCCGCAAAAUGA